GAUAAAUACAAUAACAUGGAAAACCCACAGGUCUAUGUUGUUAAGCUGGAUUGUACUACAGAUACCCCACUCUGCUCUGAAUUUGGCGUCCGAGGAUACCCUACCCUAAAGCUGCUCAAACCUGGACAAGAAGCUCUGAAAUACCAAGGCCCUAGAGAUUUCCAGGCACUGGAAAACUGGAUGUUGGAGAAACUAAAUGAGGAACCAUCUGAUCCAGAAUCUGAUGUGGAACCACCAAAAGCCCCUGAACCUAAGCAGGGAAUGUAUGAACUCUCAGCAGACAAUUUCAAGAUGCACAUAGCAGAAGGCAAUCAUUUCAUCAAAUUCUUUGCUCCUUGGUGUGGUCAUUGCAAGGCUUUGGCUCCAACCUGGGAACAGCUGGCUCAAGCCUUUGAGCAUUCAGAAACUGUCAAGAUUGGCAAGGUUGACUGUACCCAGCAUUAUGAAGUUUGCUCUGAAGCCCAAGUUCGUGGCUAUCCUACACUCCUCUGGUUUAGGAAUGGUGAAAAGGGUGACCAGUACAAAGGGAAGAGGGACUUUGAUUCUUUGAAGGAAUAUGUGGAUUCCCAACUACAGAGCUCUGGGAAAGAGCUGCCAGCAGAUGAACCUGCCGAAGCCCCACAGCCACCUGCAGAACCCACUCAUGUUGAGGCUGCAGUGCUCUCUCUCUCUGAGAAAGAUUUUGAUGCAACCAUUGCUAGAGGGAUCACCUUUAUUAAAUUCUAUGCUCCAUGGUGUGGUCACUGUAAGAACUUGGCUCCAACUUGGGAGAACCUUGCCAAAGAGCAAUUUCCAGGUUUGACUGAUGUCAAAAUAGCAGAAGUCGACUGCACCGUGGAACGUAACGUCUGCAACAGAUUUUCUGUACGUGGUUACCCUACGCUGCUGCUUUUCCGAGGUGGAAAGAAAGUUAGCGAACACAACGGAACGAGAGACCUUGAAUCACUGCAUAGCUUUGUCUUGCGUCAGGCAAGGGAUGAAUUGUAA